CUAACUAUGAAAAAUACAAAACGAUAGUACAAUAGAAGUGAAUGUCUUCGGGCCCAGACGUCCAGUUUUGAGUUUUCCCACCGCUCGCAGAUGUCUCCGAUCACUCAAUGAAUUCAAAUCGCGCAAAAUUCCGAUCGCCGCCGCAACUAACUUCCCCAGGGUUUCCAAACUAUGAUUCCCUCAAAAUCUCAAUGACUCCCAGCACCAAAAUGCCGAAGAGAUCAAUCCUCAAACCAACCCUAACCCUCGCUGUUCUCAUCUCCCUUUUAGCUCUCUACGCCUUCCUCAAUUCCUUCAUCUUCUCUACUCCUCUGUCCAUCAACAAUGCCAUUGGCUUUGCUGAUUUCGGAAGCAACGCAGAGUAUUUCGGGGCGAAACAUCCAGUGCCUGUGAAGGUUUAUAUGUACGAUCUGCCCAGGAAUUUCACCUACGGGGUGAUCGAGAGCUACAAUUUGGCCCGUGGAGGGGAGAGGGUAGAGGACGACGCAUUGCUUAAGUACCCCGGCACUCAGCAUGCCGCCGAAUGGCACCUCUUCACCAGCCUCCGCUUACCCAAUCGUGGCCGGGCCGGGUCGGCCGUCCUUCCAGUGUCUGACCCCGAUCAGGCUGACCUCUUCUACGUGCCUUUUUUCUCGUCUUUGAGCCUUGUUGUGAAUCCUGUGAAUCGGCCGCCCUCAGGGGAUCGGCCUGUGUAUAGUGAUGAGAAGACGCAGGAUGCUUUGAUCGAGUACUUGGGACAGCAAGAGUAUUGGAAAAGGAAUAAUGGGUGGGAUCAUGUAUUCAUAUGUCAGGAUCCUAAUGCCUUGUACAAAGUUGUGGAUAAGGUGAAGAAUGGGGUGCUAUUGGUAUCAGAUUUUGGUAGGUUGUCUCGUGUUCAGGCCUCACUAGUUAAGGAUGUUAUCAUGCCUUAUACAUAUCGGAUUAAUCCAUAUCAGGGAGAUAUUGGGAUACAAAACCGCAAGACUUUGCUCUUCUUUAUGGGGAAUCGGUAUCGAAAAGAGGGAGGAAAAAUUCGUGAUAUACUUUUUCAAGUGCUUGAGAGUGAAACUGAUGUCAUUAUAAAACAUGGUACACAGUCCAGGGAGAGCCGCCGUGCAGCAACACAAGGGAUGCAUACAUCAAAAUUUUGCUUACAUCCAGCUGGUGACACUCCAUCAGCUUGCCGUCUAUUUGAUGCUAUUGUGAGCUUGUGUGUCCCUGUUAUUGUUAGUGACUAUAUUGAAUUGCCUUUUGAGGAUGUCAUAGACUACAGAAAGAUAGCAAUUUUUGUCGAUUCGAACACAGCAAUAAAGAAAGGAGCCUUGGUUAAACUUCUUAGGGGCAUGAGUAUGGAGAAGAUUUUGGAAUUGCAGCGGGAGUUAAAGAAGGUUAAACAUUAUUUUGUAUAUGAUGACCCCAAUGGAGCAGUAAAAGAAAUAUGGCGACAGGUUUCGUCAAAGUUACCCCACAUUAAACUGAUGAUCAAUCGUGAUAAACGACUGCUGAAGAGAGACUUGAAUGAACCGGAUUGCUCCUGUCUCUGUUCUAACCAGUCAGGGAUUCACACGACGCUAUGAUACUGCUUCAUUUCAUUUAAUUCAUUGGUUCACAGCUGAGCUCAUAUAUACGCAGAGUAUCUAAAAGUUAAAAAGUUUAAAACAUCUUUAUUUUUGAGUCUUACAUAUUUUGUAUUGCCCUGAAUAUGGGUGUGAAAGUUGUAAAAUUUAGGAGCAACACUAUGAUGUAUAUCUAUAUUCUGUAUUAUGUUAACAAGAAUAAUGUACUCUCUCACUC